AACAGCGCAUAGAGACAAGUUAACCUGAUGUUUGAUUUGAAUAAUCGCAUGUAAGCGAGCAGGACCAGAUCUCUGAUUCUGCUGUGUCAGACAGUGUUAUUGUAUAUGCAACUCUGUGUGUUUUCAGUGUGUCACUGCGGGUUUUGAAGAUUACCAGUGAUGGAUAAACUGUGGUUCUAAGUCUUGCUUUCGAAACGAUGUUGUGUUAUCAUCGUGAACUGUGAUAUGUGAUCUUUGAAAUCUGUGACACCUGCGGCAGGGAUACUGACACCCUAAUACAUCAACGUCGACGGCGACUCUUACGCCAUGUCGCAGCAGAACACGUCGUACUAUAGCGCUGAACUCCGGGCUAUUUUGGAUGCGCCGCCAAGUUAUGAAGAACUCUUUGGCCCGGAACACAAAGUGGACACAGCACCUCCUUCGCCAGUAGUUACGGAAGCAGUUAACGAGCUAGAGGCACACAACGAAGCGGAACGUCAACGGCUACGCUGCAACCAGACCCAAUAUAUGGUGCUCGAGACUCGCGCAUGUCCCCCGGAAGCUCCCCAUUUUCUUGCCCCCGAUAUGCGACCAUGGAUGAGAACAAGGAACGACUUUGGUCAGAUGCCACGUGGGGAAAGCGAUUCGAGGGCGGAGCCUUCUCUUAGUGAAAUAUUGAUCACGACUGGUCGUGAAAACAUGCGUUCAACUGCGUCUACGAGCUGCCCUUCGAGGCGUUAUGCUGAGGAAAUGGCGUUAUAUCCUGAGAGGGAUGCAAGGUCAACGCCAAAGUCACAACGAAGUGAUAGCUGCAUUGUAAACUGACGUCAGCCUUUUUUGGUUGGUUUCGUAUUUCUGUUGUAUGAAGGAUAUUAUAUAAACAAGGAGCAAUAGCAGAACGAUAUUACUUUACUUCAGAGAUCUUGGACAAUUUGAUGUCCAUGUGGUCUUACAACCGGUGAUAGGAUUUGCUUGUUGGACAUACAUGUGUAUAGAGUUCAAUGCUAUACAAGCAAGUUAUUAUUUAUUGUUUAAAUUGCCAUCAGAAUGUAUUUUCAUGUUGGAAAUUCACGAUUUAAUUGAGAAAGAGGAUUACGGUGGCUAAAUAAAACAAGAACAAUGUUUUAUUAUAAUA